AUGGGCUCUCCAAACACAUAUGGCUGUUAUGAGGCUGCAACGAAAGAGCUUUCAAGCGGCCAAAACGAUAAUGAUUUAAUAAAGUCAGCACACCAAAUUUUCUACAACGAUUACGGGUUCAAGUUCGGGCUAGAGCAUGCGUGGAGGGAGUUACGUCAUGAUCAAAAAUCGUGUUCAGCCUCGGCAGAGAAGGAUGGUGGGAAGGUGAAACGUAGAAAGGUAGAAGAUGGAAUAAAAGGAGUUUCGAGUUCCCAACCUGAAAGUAAUGGCGCUGUCUCAAUGAGUCGAGUGCCUGGAGUGAAGACAUCUAAAGCCGCUAAGGGUAAAUGGAAUGGGAGCACUACAAAUGCUGAAAGCUCAGAAGGCAAGGGUUUAGCGGAGUUAGAAAGCAUGUGGAAAAUUAAGAAAAUCGAUUUGGAAAGGAAAGACAAGAUUUGCAGAAAAUCUUUGAGGCUCUCCUUUUAA